AGCGCUAUGUCGUCUGUUUCACAAUGGCGGCUAAAGUUUACAUAUGUAAAGGUAGCUUAGAUUGAAAUGUUUGUUUCAAACUUGUUAAGCGAACUUUUAAUGUUGCACGUGUUCCUACUAGUGGCGUUCAAAGCGUAGUUAUCAAUUUAUGUCAAAAUGGUGACCAGAAGCCUCACAGAAGCGUUUGUGCUGAUGCGUAACAAUGCCCUUCAAAGCAAGCAUAUCUUCGGAGAUCAUGUUCAUGAAGACACCGUGGCACUAGUUGGACGGGAUGUUGAAACUGGCAUGGGCAUUUAUAAAGACGUCGCUGAACCUCCUCGAUGGUAAGACGCAUUACACUUGCAGGAUUGACGCCUUAGAAGAGGUAAACUAUCAGAUGACGAAGAUCAGGGACAAAUUGAAAGAGCUGUCUGCCUUGCACGAUCGUCACCUCAACCGGCCAACAUUUGAUGAGAGCUCACUUGAAGAAGAUGAGAUUGAGCAAACAACACAUCAGCUGGCACAGCUUUUUAGCCAUUGCCAGCAACUGCUGUCUGUGAUCCAGCAAGGAGUGCAACAUGGUUCCAAUGCCAAGGAGGCUCACUUGGCACAGAAUGUGGUGCGCUCUGUGGCCAGUUCUCUUCAGUCUCUCAGCUCUAGUUUUCGUUCUUCUCAGACAACAUACUGCAAGAGACUUCAAUCAAGGGAGGAGCAUUCGAACAAAUUUUUCGACGUUCCAUUUUAUAUGGAAGAGACGCAGCUUUCUCCUGAAAGAUUUGGAGGAGAUCAUCAGCUUCAGAUGGAAGACCAACUUUUUCUGGAAGACAACACAGAAAUGGUGCAAAUCCGAGAGCGAGAGAUCAACAACAUCUUGCGAUCCAUCACAGAACUGAACUUUAUAUUCAAAGACAUUGCCAACAUGGUAGCUGAACAGGGAACUGUGUUGGAUCGCAUAGACUAUAAUCUGGACACAGUGCAGACACGGGUUCAGCAGGGUCUCCAACAGCUACAAAAGGCUGACACUUACCAGAAGAAGAAUCAUAAAAUGAUGUGCAUCCUUGUCAUGGCAGCAUCCACUAUCAUCCUCAUUAUUCUGCUCUUUGCAUUCAAGCUGUAGAUUGAAACGGUGCUGUGCUUUCUUUUCAUUGACCUGCAGGUGAUAUCCGAGACAUUUCAGUGUGAUGUAGGCCUUCAUGAAGCACAACAAUGUUUUUCUUUAUCGGCUGUGCUGCGCUGCUUGGCAGCAAGGAUGUUACCUGGUUCACAAUCACCGUAUUAAUUAUUGAAGGACAUAUAUUGUGGUGUGACUGGUGUAAAUGUUGACUGAGCACUUAAAGGAAUGUAAUUAUGUGAAGCUGACAACUUUCAUAUUUACUUUCAUUUCUUGUAAAGAAUUGAAAAAAAAAAAAGCCUGUGAUAGAAGGCACCCCUAACUGCUGGUGCUUACACUUUGGUGUGCUUGGCAAUGCAAGUAUUUUAUGCUUGUCACCAUAAUUUUUUCAUAACUGUUGCAACCAUUUAUGAUAGAUAGUCUUUGGUGAAGCAAGGGGUUGAUUUUCUGUAUUUACGUAAGGCUCUGUUUUUGCUGAGUUACUUUUGUAUACAUUCUCUUCAGCUUAUGUACUCAGUAUGGUUAAACUUGCACGUUUCAUCACUAUAUCAAUGAGAACUACCCGACAAUGAUGCCAAGGAAAGCCAUUGUCUAUUAGUUCCCAUUAAUAUUGUGUCAUAUUAUGUUUCAAUAUUAUGUUUCAGCACUUACAUUUAAGGUCAGUAUGAGCUUAUUUGAAUUACAUCUUAUUUGCUUAUUUGAAUUACAUUUAAGGUCAGCAUGAGCCCAUCUCUCUUUGGUGCCCGACUUGUAGGACGGCUAUUUGUCUUACAACCACACAGCAAACUUAAAAAACAAAAAAGCUGCUGGGUUUACAAUUUUAUGGGAAAACAGAUACGUACUGCAUUUCCCCCCCAAAACUUGUGUCAUCCUGUAUCCUACUGGUUAUACAGAAAAGUGAACUUAGAAUAAUUUUUAGAGGCCUCAAGUUUUUUGAGAAAUCAUAUAUUGACUAUUAUCAGUUCCUGUACUUACAAAGAGCUAUUUUAGUACUACUAUCGAAAGCUUAUUGCAUGUUGAUCUUGUCUCUAAAUAAAUUAUAGUGGUUGAAAAUUAGGUUUUGAUAUUCAUUUGGUUUCAACUUGUUCUUUUAAGCUGUAGAAGACUCCUGUAUUGCAGUGUUCAUAUCCAAGUUUGUAGUUCUUAGUCGUUUUUGUUGCUUCUGUCACAUUUAUCUGUCUGGCAUGUUCAUUAUGCUGUUGGCAUUGAAAUGAUGCAGCAUCAGCACUGUAAAUAUUCUGUAUAAGUUUAGUGUCCAGUAAAGGAUGCCGUGAAAUAUUCAUCUUUAUUUUUUAGUGUUGCAUAAAUGGUGCUUUGUGAGGGAGCAUUUAAAUACCCAGGUCCUUUAAGAUUUAUGCUUUGGUUUAUUUAAAUAAUUUCUUGUAUGGGAUUUGUAUUUCAAGUGUGAUUCUAUGCACCUAUCAAAACAAGCAUGUAUCAUAAGCAAAAAAUGGAAAUGCCAAAAGGGAAAAAAGAAACUGAUCAUAGCAGCUAAUGCACGUAAUUUUGUUGGAAUAAAACCUGUGCUCACUGUUUAGCUUGUUUAUAAGUAUGUUGUGGGUAGUCCCAGAUGCGAGCUUUGGAGCCCGAAUUAAGCCACUGCAUAUAAUGCAUACAGAAAUGAAAAUGGAGUGACAUGUUCUGGCAUAAUUUUAACUGGUUUGCAUUUAAAUUUAUGUUAAUGUCCUACAUUUUUAUAUGUGCAGUUGACUUCUAAUAAUUCAACCAUGAUGAAACUGUAAAAUUAACUCUAUCAUCUGGCUUGUUGAAUUAAAAAAAGAAAAAGGCGAAAGUGUUCAAGCUUGCAGUCUCAUUGUUUCAUAAUAAUUUGUGAUCACCUGCUAUAUUUUUUAAAUAAAUUCAAAUAAUGCAAUGAAAAAUUUGCUUCACAGCCUAUUAGUUACUGUGCUUGGUGCAAGAGGCUGCCACAUUGCCACCCACGCACUCACUAUCUUACUCAAGGUUAGCCAUGCAUUUAAAAAAAGAAAAAGUGCUCAAGGUAACGACAUGCACAUGGUGUGUCUCCCGGCUCCUAGGAGAUCCAUUUUCCCUAAAGCAGGAAGGAAUGGCACGUGCCCGCCAUUCCUUCUUGUUUAGCUUCCAGUGCAUUUUUUGCGACUAGAGAAGGAACAAAGCAAUUACAGUGCCCAACAAAUAUCUCUAACACCGGUUGCACUUGACGGAUUCUAAAUAUGUUUGUAGUGGUCGAUUCGCGAGGUGCUCGAGUGAAGCCAUUCAGUGGUUACUUGGAAUGGUGUUGCAGGGUCUCUUUAAUGCACGACAAGUUUUUUUAUGCCAAUAUCAUAUUUUGCUAACCAGCCAGUCAUUUGCUUUGCCAUUUGCCAUGUUUGGAAAAUAUGAUUGCCUUAGUACUAUUCUGUUCAUGAUAGAUGUUCAUACGAAAUGUGUUGCAAAUAUGGGAGGUGGUUUAGGGACCAAUUAAAAGCAGGAAAUCUUGGUUCGUGAUGACACUGUACUGUCAGAGGAAAGAUUCUUGGAAGUCAAACAAAGCAAGGACCUUGACUUCUUUAUAUUAUCAUCCAAAUUGAAGUAAGGAAAUAUGCCAAAAAUUCAGUUGGCUGCUUUUAAGCAGUUGCAAGACGAAUGACUGCAUAGAAUAGUGAGACUAAUAAACUUUCACAGUAAACAAAGUAAAGUAAAAUUAGGAGAAUUCGGUGUCAUGUUAUUUGUUUAGACGUUAAAUGACACUGAAUAAAAUGAAGCAGGAAGAGCAAAAGCUUCCAAGCAAGGUCAGUUUAUGGUCAUAGGUCCAUCUCCUCUGUGUGACAAUAUUCUCAAAUGUUCUGAAUAACUUAUUUUGCAAGGCUGUAAAUGCUGAAAGGCUGUAAAUGCUGAUAGCUAUGUUUAGUUCCCUUUUUACUCCUAAUCAUUACAGAUUUCAUAAGCGUAUGUAAAGGUACCAUAGUGUGUUUGCUAGCACAGUCUUUCUUGGUGUCUAAAAAGCGUAAUGCAUUGCAAAAAACUUUUCAUUUGCUCUAGAAUGCAAGAAAUCAGCGAACUGUCUUUUCUCUUUGAAAUAUGGACUGGGUUUGUGCUUAGAAAAAAUUAUACUGUGUACACGGGCUCAGAAACAAAUAAGGAAGUGUGUAUAUUAAUCCUAAAUGAAAGCGAAAUUGUGGAAAACUGGUGAAAUAUGAACAUAAGUUUGUGAAGGGAAUGGCAGAUAGUAAUGAUAUGUUUGCCUGUGCUUGGUACUUCACUAUUGAUGCUUACUGGAAAACCUAGCCAUGCAUUUUGCUUCAUAAGCUUUAUGCAGCCAGUUGGCGUACUCUUGAGUUAUCAUCACUGCUAUAUGGUUAUCAUGUCCAUAAUAAAGCCUUUAAAAACUUGGCCAUUCUAAAAUAGCACCUAAGCAGAAUCAACUACAGUAAAAUAUUUAUCCUCGCGGGUCAAGAUAUCCCUAGAGCAUUUUUAUAUUGUAUAAAACUCUUGCUUCAUAUCUGAGCAUGUUUAAAUCUGUCUUGAAUAAAGCUAAUUUCUUAUUCACGU